GCGCGGGCCGGACCCCGCGAUCCCGUCAUGUCGAGCUGGUGGCGCCAGUGCGCGGCCCCGGACGGGGUCUCGGACCCGGGCUCGCGGGGCCGCCGCAGGACGUGGGCCGAGCUGCUGGCAGGAAGAGUCAAGAGACAGAAGUGUGAUUCCCGCAGGGCUCAGGAGCUCGGAGCAGCUGCGGCCAGCCUCCUGAGACGGCACCUGGCCUUGAAGGGCCUUCUGCUCGAGGUGGAAGGCACACCACACCGAGAGCUGAGUCUCAGCCUCUGGACGGACCCUGGCAGCCCUGAGGCCAGCCCUGGCCUUCCCAGCUGGAUUAUCAGCUCUGCACUGCAGGACCAAGCCUCAUGGCUGGGGGUCCCUGUGCUGGAUCUGUGCAGCCAGCUGGUCGCCUCCCGCCUGCUGCAGCUCUGUGGGGCAGCCCCUGCCGGGGUGCUGCUGAGUGCAGAGCAGAGGAGGAAGCUGGCCUCUCUGUUGGAGACCGUGCGCUGCUUCUCUGCACACGGCAUGCUUUCCCGCCACCACUGCUGUCAGGAGCUGUGGAGAGAGCAGAAAUCGCUGGCGCUGGAGGCUGUGUGGCAUCUCCACACUCACAACAUUGUGCGCUUCCAGGAGCUGCUGGAAAGCCACACGGACACGCAGGCCCUGGUCACGUGGCUCGUGGAGAAGCUGCGCCUGCUGUGUGAGCAGGCUGAGGUGCCCGGUCAGCCCUCCCAGGUUGCCACUACCGUGCUCUCUGACCUAGUGCAGGUGCUAGUGUCCAGGGCGUUCCAGGAGGACACAGACCGGGGAGGAGAUGCCGACUCUGACCAGGUGCCCCAGGUUGCCGUGACGGUACUUCAGCGCAUGCUGCAGGAUGCCCUGGGUGUCCUGGCUGCGCCGGAGGGGAGCUCGGGACUCAAGGUGGCGGCUGCCUGGCUCCACGUCCUUGGCACACAGCUCUGCCCGGGGGCUGCGCCUGCCAUGCCCCUGAAGAGGUUUUCCCGUCAGACUCUGAUUUGGACCCUCACCUACGAGCCCGUGCUGAGAGUGUCCGAUGCGCUCCAGAUGCAGAGAGACUGGACCUUCGCCAGAACCCCAGCCCUGCUGCGUGACCUGUUUCGUGGACUCUUCGUGCCCCUGAGUGCGGAGGAGCUGCUCGGCCUUCUGCAGCACGUGCUGGCUGCCCAGGAGGUCAACUGGCGACACGUGCUGUCCUGUGUGUCUGCAGUGGUGGUCUGCCUGCCGCAGGCCCAGCUCUUGGUCCACGAUUGGGUGGCGCGUUUGCUGGCCUGUGCCUUCGAGAGCUGUGACCUGGACAGCAUGGUCACCGCCUUCCUGGUUGUCCGUCAGGCUGCCUUGGAGGGCCCCGCUGUGUCCGUAUCCUAUGCCGACUGGUUCCAGGCCUCUUUUGGGAGUGCUCAGGGCCACCACGUCAGCAGCAAGAAAGCGCUGGUGUUUCUCUUCAAAUUCCUGGCUGAGCUGGUGCCCUACGAGGGCCCCCGGUACCUGCAGGUGCAUCUCCUCCACCCGCCACUGGUGCCCAGCAAGCACCGCACCCUGCUCACUGACUACGCCUCGCUGGCCAGGACCCGGCUGGCUGACCUGCAGGUUCCUAUGGAGGCCAUGGGGCUGUAUGAGGACCUGUCUACAGCUGGGGAUGUCCCCAAGCCGCACUGCCAGGCACAGCAGGAUGUCAGCAAGGCCAUUGAGGUGUUUGAACAUACCGGCCGGAUCCCUGUCGCUGUCAUGGAGGCCAGCAUCUUCCGGAGGCCCUACUUCCUGUCGCACUUCCUCCCUGCUCUGCUCACACCGCGCGUGCUCCCGCAGGUCCCCGAUGCCCGAGUGGCCUUCAUCGAGGCCCUGAAGAGAGCAGAUAAAAUCCCCCCGUCUCUGUACUCCACGUACCGCCAGGCUUGCUCUGCUGCCGAAGAUGGGAAGCCAGAAACAGAUGCAGUGGCACAGACACAGCUGGGAGAACCGCUGGAGGCACUCAAGGCUGCACUGCACGCGCUCCGGGAGGCAAUGGCGGACCCUGUCCGGCAUGAAGCCGUGUCCCCUCAGCUGGCUCUGGUUGCUGAGCGGCUCAGCUCUGCCGUGGGCCACGAGGACGAGGAUGUGUCCCGGCUUCAGCUCGCUGCCCCAGCCUCAGCACCGGAGCCACGGGGAGAGGCGGUGGUAGAUCUCCUGCUGACGGCUUUUUGUCAGAACGUCACCGUGGCUUCCCACUUCACACCCCCAGACAGGCAGGGCUCCUGGGCGGCCCGGUUCGCGGCGCUCAUGUGUGGACACGUGCUCCUCCCUGCUGUGCUCACCAGGCUCGGCCAGCUGCUCGGACCCCAGGGCCCAAGUCUGCACACUGCACAUGUCCUGGGGCUGGCUGCCCUGGUCGUCCACCUGGGGGAGCCCAGCUCCGUCCUGCCCCGGGUGCCUGUGGGCGCCCGCACCCUUCCUGACCUCCUGAGCAGCUCCUUGAGCUGCUCCUCCAGGGAAUCGUCACUCUUCUGCCUCAGGUUCUGCACCGCGGCCAUCUCCUACUCUCUCUGCAAGUCUCCCUCCCAGCCACGGGGUGCUCUGUGCAGCAGCUUGGGUGCAGACCUCAUUAAAAAGUUCCAGUUCCUCGUGUUGAGAUUGUUCGCUGAAGCCCGGGAGCACCCGUGCUGGGGGCAUGACACUGGCCUUCCGUGGCGGGCUCUGUCUCCCCCCUCUGCCGACUGGCAGCGUGCAGCCCUCUGCCUGUGGCAGCAAAGAAGCUUCCAGGACCUGCUGGUUGAGGAAGGACUUCAUUUAACAUACAGAGACUGGUUACAGCUGGAAGUGGAAAUUCAGCCCCAAGCUGAUUAUCUUUCAGACCUAGAAAGGGCAAGCUUCCAGCGCUGGGCCAUCCUGGAGCGGUUCCUGCCUGCCCCCACUGCGGCCGGAGGCUGCGGCAGAGAUCUGGAGAGGGCCUGCACCGCACUUGCUGACGUGCUGCUGGACUCGUGGCAGAGUUCCAGGAGCUCCAGCUGCUCAGAGACCUCCGGCCUGGGCCCUGGUGUCUUCACAGGAAACGGAGGCCUUCUGUCCAGAUUGCAGGAGAUGGUUGCUGACCUGGACCGGGGCCCAGUGCCGGCCCUCAGCUCGUCCCCUCCGCAAGGACACUCCCUCCUCCAGGCCUUCUGCCGACGGCUGCAGGCUCUGCCGGGCGGGUGGGACGAGGCUGCCUGCCUUCGAAGACAGCAGGAGCUGGUUGUCUGCCAGUGGGUGCUCGUCAGCCUGCCUCCGUCCCUGCUCGUCAGCAGCCCUCAGGCAGACCUGCCUAUCCCCGACUGUGCCGAGUUCUUUCACUUGGUCAACUCAGAGCUGAGAAACAUCUGCUCCCACGAAGGUGCUCUGGGCCACGCCAUCACCGCCCACUUCUUCAGGGGUCUCCUCACGGCCUGCUCGAGAAGCAGAGAUCCCUCCCUGACCGCCAAUGGGACCCUGGAGGUGUGCUGGGCUGAGUGCCCCCUGCUGGUGACCUCCGCCCUGCUGUGGUGGCCACGUCUGGAGGCUGAACUUGAGAGUCGGUGGGCCAGAUGCUCGGCCGGCCCCCUGCCCAGAGAGCUGCAGCGGCUGCGAGAAACCCAGCUCUUUGCCAGGAGCCUUCUGUCCACCGACACGCUGCCCCCACCGCCCAGCCCAGCCUGGGCCCUUGCCGCAGCGUUGCAUUUCUCCGUUUGGCGAGCAGGACAGGCAAGUGUCCGGAGUCUGCUGGGGCAGCUGCCCUCACCCCCAGGGGAGCAGCAGCUGCUCUGCUUGUUCUUCUUCUCCCUGAUGUGCCUGCUUUCCUCGUACCUGGCUGCACAGGCUGCCAACUCCGAGAAAGCUUUGGGCAUCUGUGCCGAGAUCCUAGGGUGUCUGGAGACGAGGAGGAUUUCCUGGCUGCAGCUCUUCGAGUUGAAAGAGGCAGGUAACGGCCUGGGAAGUGUCCUGCUCCGUCUGGCCCCUGAUCAGCACAUCCGGCUGCUGCCUUUUGCCUUCUACAGUCUCCUUCCCCACUUUGGUCAAGAUGUCCUCUUGGAAGAGGGUUUCCUGUGUGUUGCCGUGAGCAUGUACCAGAAGCUGACCAGCCUCUUUCUGGGUGGUGAGACCCAGCCCGUGACGGGCCCUGGACGGCACAGGCAGAACCAGGCAAAGCCUGUGGGCUUGAUUACGAAGGCACGCCUCUUCCUGCUGCGGGCCAUACCUCAGUGUCCGGCACAGAGCUGCUCCAACGUGGCCAAGCUGCUGGCAUCUGCUGGGGAUGGUGACCCCGAGCUGUGUGCUGCCCUCCAGAGCAGGCUACAGACCACCCCCAACCUUCUCCAGGAGCCCCUGCUUUUCUGAAAGGACCAGGCGUCACCAGCUCCUUGUAAAUAA